AUGGUCGCCAACGUUGGAGGGCUCGCAGCCCGGGCAGUCUUUCUCAUGUCCACUCGUCCCAUUGCCCAGAGAGCAGACGUCGCCUCAUACACCAAUAAUGCCGUUGCCGCCAUCCGCACGCUCGAGACGACCUGGUAUGACGUUGGCUCUGGUCUUUGGGACAACGCCUGGUGGAACAGCGCCAACGCCUUUACCACCCUCGCCGACUUCGCCAACCUGAACCGGGAUGCUGCUAACGAGCUCAACAUCGGAGGCAUCCUCAUGAACACAUUCAACCAGGCUCAGAAGGCCACAGCAUCAGCUUCCAAAUCUAUCAAUGCGGCUGGUCUUGUCACAACCUCAUACGCCAUCACCAAGCGCGAAGUGCCGCUGCCUAUCGAAGGUCGCCAAAUGAGCGCUCAGGGCUUUCCCAACUUUAUCAACGAGUUCUAUGACGACGAGGGCUGGUGGGCGCUCGGUCUGAUCCGCGCCUACGAUGUUACCCAGAACCAAGACUACCUCGACAUGGCCGUGCGCAUCUUUGCCGAUAUGAAGACCGGCGGUAAUACCAACUGCAAUGGCGGCAUCUACUGGAGCAAGGACCGCAAGUAUGUCAACGCCAUCGCCAAUGAGCUCUACCUCAGCGUCGCCGCCUCGCUGGCCAACCGCAUCUCGGGCGAUAAGGCCAGCUACGUCAAGAUCGCGACUGAUCAGUGGACCUGGUUCAAGGCCACCGGCAUGAUCAACGCCCAGGGCACCAUCAAUGACGGCCUGGACGGCAACUGCAAGAACAACGGCGCCAACGUCUGGUCCUACAACCAAGGUGUCGUCCUUGGCGGUCUCGUCGAGCUCAGCAAGGCUAAUGGCGACAAGUCGGUCCUGACAGACGCCACCAACAUUGCCAAGGCGGCUAUUAAGCAGCUGGCCGACGACAACGGCAUCCUGCACGACACGUGCGAGCCCAACUGCGGCUCUGACGGCAACCAGUUCAAGGGCAUCUUUGUUCGCAACCUGCGAUACCUGCAAGAGGCGGCGCCCAACAACGACUUCAAGACCUUCAUCACCAAGAACGCCGACAGCAACUGGAACGCCAACCGCGACUCGGCUGGCAAGAUGGGUGUCGUCUGGUCGGGCCCAGCGCAAGGGGUUUCCGGGCCGACUCACAGCUCGGCACUCGACUCCAUCGUUGCCGCCGUUGCUGUCGCGUGA